AUGUCAAUUACGUCGUCGUCCCUGAGGCGGACAAACGGUUCAAGCGACGAAUAUACCGGUGAAAAGUUUCCAAGCGCAGCAAAAGCGCAAGUGGUCGGUGUCAGUAGCGAAACUAAUUCGAAUGAUGACAAUGACAGCGUCUGUAGCGACGUAUCGAAAAAGGGUAAGGUCAAGACUGCUUGGGAUAAAAUCAUCGAUCUCAUUGAAGUUAAGCAUCCUGAUGGUGAAGGAAGGGUCGCAUCCAAAAGUGUGUUAGAAUCAUUUGUCUAUAAUGGUGAAUUAACACCAGUGGAAGCAAAGAGGAGACAAUGGAGCUGGAAGCAAUAUGUUUUCUUCUGGAUUUCUGGUACUUUCAACGUUAACACCUGGCAGAUCUCUGCUACAGGUCUGCAGUUGGGGUUGAAUUGGUGGCAAACUUGGAUCUGUAUUUGGGUUGGUUACUUGUGUGUUGCCGUGUUCAUUGUGUUGGCAUCUCGUGUUGGUAACAUGUACCAUUUAUCAUUUCCUAGUUCGUGUCGUGUCGCAUUUGGUACAUAUUUCUCUGUUUGGGUUGUGUUGAAUAGAGUGGUCAUGGCGUGCGUCUGGUACUCGACACAGGCGUAUUUGGGUGGUAUAUGUUUACAAUUGUGUUUCAGGUCAAUCUUUGGUAAUAAUCUGAAUCAAAGAAUGGGUGAUACCAUUCCAAGUGAAAACUUGACUAAUUUUGAAUUGAUGUGCUUCAUCUUGUUUUGGGCAGUUUCUUUACCUUUCUUAUGGUUCCCUCCACACUCGCUUCGUUAUCUUUUUGCUGCCAAGUCCUUUAUCACGCCAAUUGGUGCUUUUGCAUUUUUAAUUUGGUGUGUCAGGAAAUGCAACGGCACUUUAUCAAUGAGUGCAUUGAAUGAUAACUCUGGGAUGAAUCAAGCUGCAACGGCGUGGGCUGUUAUUAGAUCGAUUAUGAGUUCUAUGGACAAUUUUUCAACUUUGGUCUUGAACGCACCUGAUUUUUCACGUUUCGGUAAGACCCCAAGAUCUUCCAUGCUGUCUCAAUUCAUUGUUAUACCUGUCUGCUUUGCCGUCAUUUCCUUAUUGGGUAUUAUCUGUGUUUCCGCUGCUUAUACGUUGUAUGGCAUCAACUACUGGAGCCCUCUAGAUAUAUUGUCUCGUUUCUUGGGCGGAUUCUCCAAGGGUGAUCGUGCUGGUGUGUUCCUUAUUGCCUUCUCAUUUGCCUUUGAUCAAUUGGGUGCCAAUUUAUCAAAUAAUGCAAUUCCCGCAGGUACUGAUAUGACGGCAAUUUUACCAAAAUUCAUCAAUAUUAGACGUGGUGCUUUUAUUUGUGCCUGCAUUUCUUUGGCUAUCUGCCCAUGGAAUUUACUAGCAUCCUCAUCAAAAUUCACUACUGCAUUGAGCGCUUAUGCGGUCUUUUUAUCUGCCAUUGCCGGUGUUAUCUUUGCUGAUUACUACAUUGUUCGUAAAGGCUACGUUAACAUUUAUCACUGCUAUUCAAAUUUACCCGGGACAUUUUACAUGUACAAUAGAUAUGGUACAAACUGGAGAGCUGUUGUUUCCUAUGUUAUUGGUAUUGUACCAAACUUUCCCGGAUUUUUAGGUUCGGUUGGUCUCAGCGUCCCAAUUGGAGCUAUGCGAGUUUAUUAUCUCAACUAUUUUGUCGGCUAUUUGAUCUCGGCUAUAACCUAUGUCACCCUAGUUUAUUUCUUCCCCGUGAAUGGUAUUCCCGGUAAUCCAAAAAUUACCGAUAAGGUAUGGCUAGAAGAAUGGGUAGAAGUGGAGGACUUUGCUUAUGAAAGAGAACAAUUUGAGAAAAAUUUCAAUUCUCUUUCUUAUCAAGAACCGAAAUUUGCUUAG